UUUCAGGCUGUUGUUUCAUUUCGCUCCGGUGCACACCUUUCGUUGACAUUUUUGCCUUCUUCACCUUCUGGUACAGGCUAUUUCUUCACUUUUCCAAUUAACACCGGCCCAAUGUUGCGUGAAAUCUUCGUCAUUGCGGCAGUGUGCUUUGUCGGCGCGCACGCUGCCGUCGGGCGGGCGCACAUGAAGAAUCAGGGCGGCUCCAGCGACGAAAACGUGGCGCAUAUGUGGCUGGGAAAAUGGGAAUCCGAGCAAGGAAGUGAAGAGAAUUUCGACCAGUUACUGGAUGCCAUAAAGGAGGCUUUCCCAUACUAUACCAAUAAGAAAAUUAUCCACGACUUUGUCCGCAAGAGCGAUGACGACUACGUGCAUAAAGUGAAGAUCGGCCAAGGUGAAGAUCAAUAUCAGGUCAGCUUCAAGCUGAACGAAGAAGGGACCCUGCACAAAGCGGGUGCGCCGGAAGUGAAGUUUGUCUACAAGGAAACGUCCGGCAACAAACUGGUGGUCCAGCAGCGUGUGGCCUCCAAGAACAUUGUCCUGGAGGAGAUCUACAACGUCCAAGGCGAUAAGAUCAUGAAGGAGUAUGUCAGCGGAGAUAUCCGGGCUAAACGGAUCUACCGCCGGAUGAACCACUUGUAAAUCCACGGCCGACCCGCGCACAAUGCUUUGUUGGCUACCGUUUUUAUAUCUGCGUAUUGUGGCAUGAAAAUGCUUCUGGUUAACGAUUCACUCCUUUACGCGGUAAUAUCAGUAGGCCUAAGAUUUCUUGACAUUUGCUCCGCUGCUUGACAUUAAAAUGGACGGUUUUUCUGAAAUUCGUCUGGGAAUAUUAAAAAUAAAGGCGGCG